AUGACGGAACUACAAGGAGAUGAUUGGGACCUACCUUGCUCAGACGACGAGCUCUUCAAAGCGGGAACAACAAUCGGCAAAAACUGGGUCCUUGAGGCCUCGGAGCUAGAAGAACUAUACAAUAAAAUAGAUAAAAACGGCACUUUGGCUCUAGAAUGGAAAUGCCCUGGUAGACGAGCGCCUUCGCCCGUUAAUGUUAAGAAAGAAGCUAAAAUCGAAGUACCGCAGUCACCAGUGAAGGAAGAGAAGUCAGAUUUUGACUUUAUGGAUGAGGUUAGUUCAUUAAGACUGCGGGUGAGACGGGAGGGGGAGGAUACUUUACGGGGUUCAGCUAAGAAGAAGACUACAUCAUUUGAUGGUAUUCUUUCAAACAUGAUCAGGCACAAACGCAUAGAGCAGAUGGAGAAGCAGGCGAACACUCCUACUACGUCGGCUCCAAGCACUUCCUGA